CCCAGACCAAACAAUCCACACACGUUCCCUUUUCUUUGGAGAGCUCGUCGUCGACCUCAAUUUGAACCGCCCGGGUGUGGCUAGCGGCAUGUCGACCUGAGACCAUGGCAUUCACACAAAGCUUACACCUUCCCUGCGGCGGACCUCGGGGUUUGGUCAUGCGGCACAGAUGCCACGCAGGAUCACGUUCAAACACCAAAUUGCCAACAAUGCUGACCGGAGUUGAUCGUGAGAGUAGACACCGCGCAUCUUGGCCACUCUACUCUUGAACACCCGAGGGAGCGGCACAGGUCUGCACUUGCGAUGUGCUUUGUCUUCUGGCUACGGCCGUACUCGCAUCAGAUUAAGUCCAUAAUUCUUCUCCCAACACCAUGGGGUCUGCUCCCGUGGCGAUGUUCCCGGAUUCGCUCCGGGGAAAGCGGAUCCUGCUAUGCACCGAGUCGCUCGGACCCGUCAACGGCGUUUCCAGGACGACAUUGAUGCUCGUCAACCACCUCAGGGCCAACGGGGCCGACGUUGUUGCGGUUGCUCCUCACACCCGCGAAACCACCUUCGCCCCCAAGCCCAAGGACGGCGCUGGAGCCGGACAAAACGUCGAGAUCAGGAUCCGCGGCUAUCCGCUGCCCUUCAACCCCGAACUCUCCGUCGUCUACCCCGUCAGGCUCUCCACGCUAUACAAGAGAGCCUUCGGAGGCGAACCGCCAGACCUGAUCUACCUAGCAUCCCCGGCCUCGCUGGGAUUCCAGGUCAUGCUACAGCUCCGGCAGCGGCCAGCGGAGAAGCAGGUUCCCGUCGUAUGCAACUUCCAGACCGAUCUGGCCGGGUACUGCGCCAUCCUCUUCCCGCCGCCCUUCAGCAACCUGGCCGUGCUCGCGUUCGCCGCCGUGCAGAGCUUCCUGUUCAACCACCGCAGCGUUAAGACCAUCUUCUACCCCAGCCGCUUUGUGCGUCGCUAUCUGGAGCAGCGGCGCGUGCGCGGCGACAAGCUGGAGGUCCUGCAGCGAGGCGUCGACACGGAGCUAUUCCAUCCCGCGCGGAGGAGCGACGCCCUCAGAAAGGAGAUCGCGCCGGGCGGGGAGAUCAUCCUGAUCUGUGUGUCCCGGCUGGCCGGGGAAAAGGGGUUCGGGUUCCUCGCGGACGUUGCCAAGGAACUUGAUGCGCGCCGGUUGCGGUUCAAGCUCUACAUUGUGGGUGGGAACCGAAACGCGGCGGUCGAGACGGGGGUCAAGGAUUCCUUUGCGGCGCUGGCCGAGCAAGGCAAGGUCAUCUUCGCCGGCUUCCGCACCGGCGAGCCUCUUGCUGUGGCAUACGCCUCGGCUGACAUCUUCUUGCACUGCUCGGUCACCGAGACCUUCGGGCUUGUGGUGCUCGAGUCCAUGGCCAGCGGCGUGCCCGUCGUGGCCCGGGACGAAGGCGGGCCGAGUGACACGGUGCGUGACGGGGAGACCGGGUACCUCACGCCGCCCGCCGACAUGGCCGCCUUUGCGGACAAGGUCAUGGUUCUGGCGAAUGAUGCCGUUCUACGCAAAAGGAUGAGCGAUAAUGCGCGUAGGCAGGCCGAGGAGGCGACCUGGGAUAGGAUUAAUAACAAAGUCGCUUGGCGUAUGGCUGAGACUAUUGAUCAGCACCAGCGGGAGAGGGGCGAGGUGCGGGCGGGCGUCAAGGGUGCGCCUCCAUGCUUGCCGCAGGUCGAGGACGACAGACGGGCAGCGGCGAGCAUGCCCGUCCUGGAGUGGCUGGUGCCGCGGGAUGUGGUCAGGGCGAGGAUGGCUGAUGCACGGCUCGCCAGGGGCAUGGCGGCCAUCUUUGCGACGUGGGUGGCGGUGGGAAUGUAUUUGGUCUUUAUCAAGGUAAGCUUGUGGGUCAAGACGAGAGCGAGAGAGGCUUCCCUGAGUCUUCCGAUUUCGCGUAAUCACAGUGCUCGCCUUCGCGCGUAGAUUAGCUGAACGCACGUAGGGUUCCGAUCAGGCUGUGAUGCGACAAUGAUGUGAGUUGAAGCGCAAUGUUGCUCUUAUUAGUGGCCCGGAUAUGGGUCCUUGCGAUGACCGCUGUUGGAAUAUAUCCCCGGAGAAGGACUAUCUCUAUCCUUUAGUUUAUCAUCACGGAUGCCAGAUUCUCUCUCGGUCAGAGGUCUGAUUUGAUAUGUACAGACUAUAAGUAUUUUACCUCUCCACGGGCACGGUGCAUUCCUCCACGUCAGGGGGUUGUCCUUGGUCUGCCCUAUCC